CUUCGGCGCCGAGCCCGAGGCUCCGUGGUGCCCGUCCUCGCCGUCGCCCCCGCCGCCGCCGCCCCCGGUCUUCAGCCCCAUGACGGCCUUCCCGGUGCCCGACGUGUUCCCGCUGCCGCCGCCGCCGCCCCCGCUCCCCAGCGCGGCCCCGGCUUCCCUGUGCGCCUCGCCCACGGCCCGCUUCGGCCACAGCCAGACGCCCGCGGCCUUCCUCAGCGCCCUGCUGCCCUCGCAGCCCCCGCCGGUGGUCGUCAACGCCCUGGGCCUGCCCAAGGGCGUCACCCCCGCGGGAUUUCCAAAGAAGGCCAAUAGAACUGCUAGAAUAGCUUCUGAUGAGGAGAUUCAAGGCACAAAGGAUGCUGUCAUUCAAGACCUGGAACGAAAGCUUCGCUUCAAGGAGGACCUGCUGAACAAUGGCCAGCCGAGGUUAACAUAUGAGGAGAGAAUGGCUCGUCGAUUACUAGGUGCUGACAGUGCAACUGUUUUUAAUAUUCAGGAGCCAGAAGAGGAAACAGCUAAUCAGGAAUACAAAGUCUCCAGCUGUGAACAGAGACUCAUCAGUGAAAUCGAAUACAGGCUAGAACGGUCUCCUGUGGAUGAAUCAGGUGAUGACAUUCAGUAUGGGGAUGUGCCUGUGGAAAAUGGAGUGGCACCAUUCUUUGAGAUGAAGCUGAAACAUUACAAGAUCUUUGAGGGAAUGCCUGUAACUUUCACAUGCAGGGUGACUGGGAAUCCAAAGCCAAAGAUCUAUUGGUUUAAAGAUGGAAAGCAGAUCUCCCCAAAGAAUGAUCACUACACCAUUCAAAGAGAUCUUGACGGGACCUGCUCUCUCCACACCACAGCCUCCACCCUAGAUGACGAUGGGAAUUACACAAUUAUGGCUGCAAACCCUCAGGGCCGCAUCAGUUGUACUGGACGCCUAAUGGUACAGGCUGUCAACCAAAGAGGUCGCAGUCCCCGCUCUCCCUCAGGCCAUCUUCAUGUCAGAAGGCCUCGUUCUAGAUCAAGGGACAGUGGAGAUGAAAAUGAACCAAUUCAAGAGCGAUUCUUCAGACCUCACUUCCUGCAGGCUCCUGGAGAUCUAACCGUUCAAGAAGGAAAACUCUGCAGAAUGGAUUGUAAAGUCAGUGGGUUACCAACCCCAGAUCUAAGCUGGCAACUAGAUGGAAAACCUAUACGCCCCGACAGUGCUCACAAGAUGCUCGUGCGCGAGAACGGGGUGCACUCUCUGAUCAUAGAGCCAGUCACCUCACGAGACGCCGGCAUCUACACGUGUAUAGCCACCAAUCGAGCAGGACAAAACUCAUUCAGCCUGGAGCUUGUGGUUGCUGCUAAAGAAGCACACAAACCCCCCGUGUUUAUCGAGAAGCUGCAAAACACAGGAGUUGCUGAUGGGUACCCAGUGCGACUGGAAUGCCGUGUUUCAGGAGUGCCACCGCCUCAGAUAUUUUGGAAGAAGGAAAAUGAAUCACUCACUCACAGCACCGACCGAGUGAGCAUGCACCAGGAUAAUCAUGGCUACAUCUGCCUGCUCAUUCAGGGAGCCACAAAAGAAGAUGCUGGGUGGUACACGGUGUCCGCCAAGAAUGAAGCCGGGAUUGUGUCCUGUACUGCCAGGCUGGAUGUUUACACCCAGUGGCAUCAGCAGCCACAGAGCACCAAGCCAAAAAAAGUACGGCCCUCUGCCAGUCGCUAUGCAGCACUUUCGGACCAGGGACUAGACAUCAAAGCAGCCUUCCAACCUGAAGCCAGCCCAUCUCACCUGACACUGAAUACCGGCUUGGUAGAAAGUGAGGACCUGUAAUCCAACAUUCUUGUUGACGCUCAAACACUGAAACAGCCAUUGCCUUGACCAACAUAUGCCUUUGUCACAUUAUGUAAAGGGCAAAAACAUACCUUUGACUAUAAGAAAUAACACCAAAAUAAUAUUUUUCUUACUUGAUAAACCAAACAGAGUUUAAGUAGGUGAUGCUCAUAGAAAUGUACACAUUGCACAGAAAAUUUACAUUCAUCAUCCAACUUAAAACUUGUGGAAUUUCUGUGAUAAAAGCGAUGUGAAAUGCCAAAAUGUUAAUGAAAUCAACUGUUCAAAGGUAACCAGAAUUUGUAUUCUCCAAAGUGCCUUAAACGCUAGCUGUAGGUGCUCCACAGCAUGACAGUGCGGAAUGCUUAACAGGAGGCAAAAUGUACCACAAAUAAUACUAAAAUGAUUCUAAGUGGGCAGUGUGUCCAGACAGCUACAGUGAACCAAGUGCAAUAUAUAGGGAUGAAAAGGAAGAGGAAAUGACAAAUCCAAGUAAAUGCCUUGUUUCUGCAAAAUUGUUUUAUAUUAAAUCAUAAGGAAGGAAUUGCCUUAAAUUUUAUUAGUAUUGAGAGUUUUCUAACAAGGUUAAUACCUUAGUUCUUAACCACCUUUUUCAUUUGUGUGUGUAGUAUUUUCUUUCUUUUCAUGCUACCUUGGUAGGAAGCUUACUUACAAACCAUAUUAAAAGGCUAAUUUAAAUAUAAAUAAUAUAAAGUAUUCCGAAUAAAGCAGAACUGUAUUACCAUCCAUUCCACGAAAGACAUCCAAAUCACCCAGAUGACCAAGGUGUACAGUAGUCAGAGGAAAGAGGGGUCUGGAAGGAGUAGGAAGAGUGAAGGAAAAUGCUACCAGCACACUUGUAUUCAUUCAGAUAAAAGUAGAAGGGGCAGGAGACAUGGUGAAGGCCAGGCUUUUCUUUGGUUUUCCUCAAACAUAACCUAAAGUGUAGGUGAAAAAACACUGCCAUUCAAAAGUCAGGGGAUCUAGGGUCACCUGGGAGAUUGGAGCACAUGUGCUAUGGAAGUUUCAGUGUGUCUGAAGUCUGUGUAGUCGCUGAAGAGGUUAGGUGUGUUGAGCAAGUGGAAAAUGGACCGAGACUGCAAGAUUGGCAUCAAUGAGAAACUGCCUGUAGGAGCUAAUCUACUGGAGGGAAAUGAAGACUUGGGAGAGACAAAAACAGGUUUGUGCCAUAAUCAGUUUUUUCCCAAUGGCACUGUGAUGUGGUGAAUGGAAAAUAAGAGUUCACUUCCAUGCUGCCAUGCAACCUUGCCUUAAGAAGGUACUGGGUUCCGGGUAGUUUGUAAAAGCAUCUCUGCAAAGACUGAUUUUUGAAUGCAUGUGAUCCGGCAACAGCUAGACUGACAUGAUUCUGACCAGACUUGAUGGUUUUAAGUCGGAACCAAUAAACUUUAAAAAAAAGGAGAAAAAAACCAAUUUGGCCAGAUAGUAUAAAACAUGAGAUUUUAAUGGUACUUUGCUAUGGAAAGAAAACACUGUAUUCCUUAUGCAAAACACAUAUAUCUUUCAUUAUUUAUAAUAAAAAUGUUGAACUGUCGUA